GCUUUUGAGAUUUUUCCAGAAAUCAAUCUUUCGAGAGUUUUCAAUUGAGACAUGGAGGUUUCGUCUUCACUCAAGCUCUCAUCGUCGUUAUCUCCUUCCAUUAUCAACCUUCAGGGUUCUUCAUCAAGUAUUGAUGUAAAAUUCUCUAAGUACACUUCACUUCCUAAACCGUUUCUUCAACUUGAUGAUAAAAGCCGACGUCUUCGUGACCAACAAGCUUCACAUUCUCUUAAUCUAAGGUCACAUAGAAAACGGGUCACUGCGAAAUCAGGUUCUCAAGGUUGGGACUUUGGUAGAUUCAUCAAAACAUUGUACUUUUUUAACGGAGCACCAUCUCCUCUAAAGUUUGUUUCAUCGGUGUUUGAGAAACUUACUAACGGAUCAACGGAGGAACCAGUUACUGAAAUGGGAACUUCUGGAAUCAUACUUGUGGCUGGAGCUACUGGUGGUGUAGGAAGAAGGGUUGUUGAUAUCUUGAGGAAGAGAGGGUUGCCUGUUAAAGCAUUGGUUAGAAACGAAGAGAAGGCUCGGAAGAUGUUAGGACCGGACAUUGACUUGAUUGUUGCAGAUAUUACAAAGGAGAAUACAUUGGUUCCUGAAAAGUUCAAAGGAGUGAGGAAAGUGAUCAAUGCUGUUUCUGUUAUUGUCGGUCCAAAGGAAGGAGAUACACCUGAGAGACAAAAAUACAAUCAGGGAGUCAGAUUCUUCGAGCCAGAGAUAAAAGGCGACUCUCCCGAGUUAGUGGAAUAUAUCGGAAUGAAGAACUUAAUCAAUGCUGUUAGAGAUGGUGUUGGACUUGAGAAUGGGAAGCUCCUUUUCGGCGUCGGGGAUAACACAUUUAAAGAUCUACCUUGGGGAGCCUUGGAUGAUGUUGUAAUGGGAGGUGUCAGCGAAAGUAACUUCCUAGUAGAUCUAACCGCUGGUGAAAACGGUGGACCUACCGGAAUUUUCAAAGGAAUUGUUUCAACAACAAAUAAUGGCGGAUUUACAAGUGUCCGAACCAAGAACUUUCCCGAGGCGGAGAAUGUCUCUGCAUAUGAUGGUCUAGAGCUAAGACUAAAAGGUGAUGGACUCCGUUACAAACUAAUCGUCCGGACAAGCCAAGAUUGGGAUACUGUUGGUUACACCGCUAGUUUUGACACUUCACCAGGCCAAUGGCAAUCUGUACGUUUACCAUUCUCGUCCUUAAGACCUGUAUUUCGCGCACGUACAGUGACAGAUGCACCGCCUUUUAAUGCUAGCAGUAUCAUUUCACUACAGCUUAUGUUUAGCAAAUUUGAGUAUGACGGUAAGCUUAACCCGACUUUCAAAGAAGGACCUUUCGAGCUUCCUUUAUCGAGCAUUCGAGCUUAUAUCCAAGAACCCGUCACUCCAAGGUUUGUUCAUGUUGGCUCUGCGGGAGUAACCCGACCAGAGAGACCCGGUUUGGAUCUAAGCAAACAACCUCCGGCUGUGAGAUUAAACAAAGAGCUUGAUUUCAUUCUCACUUACAAGUUAAAGGGAGAGGAUCUGAUACGCCAAAGCGGGAUUCCAUUUGCGAUUGUACGGCCAUGUGCUUUAACAGAAGAGCCUGCUGGAGCUGAUCUCAUUUUCGAACAAGGAGACAACAUUACGGGGAAGGUAUCAAGAGACGAAGUAGCGCGUAUAUGCAUCGCUGCUUUAGAAAGCCCGUAUGCUCUAGACAAGACAUUCGAGGUUAAAAGUACGGUUCCGUUUAGUGAGCCUUUCACGGUAGAUCCUGAGAAUCCUCCACCGGAGAAAGACUACAAUGAGUAUUUCAAGAAUCUGAAAGAUGGAAUCACCGGUGUUGGAAAGUCCAAUUUGCUUUCUCGAUUCACCAGGAAUGAGUUUAGUCUCGAGUCUAAAUCAACGAUCGGGGUUGAGUUCGCGACUCGUAGCUUGAAUGUUCAUGAAAAAGUUAUCAAAGCCCAGAUUUGGGAUACUGCUGGUCAAGAAAGAUACCGAGCAAUCACUAGUGCUUACUACAGAGGAGCUGUUGGGGCGCUUCUUGUCUACGAUGUAACCCGACACUCAACAUUCGAAAACGUUGAGAGAUGGCUAAGGGAACUCCGUGACCAUACUGACCCAAACAUAGUUGUGAUGCUUGUGGGAAACAAAUCAGAUCUUCGCCAUCUUGUGGCAGUCCAAACCGAAGAUGCAAAAUCUUUUGCAGAGAAUGAAUCACUCUACUUCAUGGAAACCUCAGCUCUUGAAACUACUAAUGUUGAGAACGCGUUUUCUGAAGUACUCACUCAGAUUUACCAUGUUGUGAGCAAGAAAGCAAUGGAGGCUGGUCAAGAUUCGGCUAAUGUUCCUUCGAAAGGAGAAAAGAUCGAUGUUGAUGUCUCCGCUGUGAAGAAAACCGGUUGCUGCUCCAACUAAAAGACUACAGAUCGAGGGAUUUGGUCUUGAAGCUGAAAUCAGUUUUAAAAUUUUACUUUCAAAUUUUUUUUGAAGAUGUUUGCUUUUUUUAGGAAACAAUUUAUGUUAUGCUUUUGAUUUGCUUGUUUGAAAAUUGCUUAGCUUUGGUCUGAUUCUGUACCGGUUAAGAGAUAUUUGCGGAUUGAACAGAAAAGAAGCUGAACAAACCACAGACCAAAAC